AUGGUGAAGAUAACAUUCAGCGGUGCACAACGACGAAACACGUUUGUCCAUACUGGCAUGCAAGUGAAUUGCAUGCAUUUCACAGCAGGACCAACAGUACAAAACUCAAAGCUGAUGCAAUCAUACACUUUCAAAAUACAACCAUGUAGCGAAGUACUGCAAAGCAAAGCAGUGAGUGGUGCAGUCAAAUGCCCAAACUGCAAAGGUAAUCAUUUACCCACUUCCAAAGAAUGUUCUUAUUAUAUAGAACAAGAGAAGAGAAUGCUGAAUUCGAUUAACCAAUAUGCAGAUCCAACCAAACAAACUACAACAGCGCCAGCAAUACACAUUCUCAACGAAGUUCCAUCACUAUCGACUCUUUCACAACGCCGACAAGGUUUUCUUAACCACGAGCUUUUUUAUGCAAUCAUCAAUUUAUCACGUAGCAAAAUGGAAAUGAUUAUCGAAGAAAUCACAACCCGACUAUUCAAGAUACUACUACAAAACAUCACACGGAUGAAAGCAACACUUGACCUCAAAGCCCCAAAAGAAGCAAGAUAA